AAUCACUUUGAAAAAAUUGAUAGUUUUAUCACAGCAACAAUGUUGCCUUUACCUUUAACUACAAUAAUGUCUACUAAAAAAUCAACAAAAUCUUCAUUAUCAUCAACAACUACAACUACAAAUUUAUGGCCACGAAGUCAACAACAAAUACAAUUUAAUGCCAACAAGACAGUAGCAGCACAAACAAAACAUCAACAACAUAAUAAUAACAACAAUAAAAAACAUGCAACAAAUACAAAAAGUAUAACAAAAGUUGCCACAAUUGCAAAUAGCAAGUGUAUGAAAAAUAAAAGAAAUAUCAUAACAGCAUCAGUAGCAGCAGUUGCAUAUAAACCCAGUAAACAUCAACAGCAACAUCAUAGUAAACUAACUACACUUAAUAACAACAUUCUUAUUGACAACGAAACUAGUUGUAGCAGCAACAGCACCAACAACAAUAACAUUAAUACUUUUAGUAGUAAAAAUAGUAGAAUUUGUUGUAAAAAUGCUAUUAAACGUAAGCAGAAACGAAAUAACUGUUGGUUGUUGUCAUCAUCAGCAUCAUCUGUAACAUCAUCAGCGACAUCAUACUCCUGGAUAUUUUGCCUUUGGUUAUGGAUAGCAAUUUCAUCAUUGGCCUUUGUUCAUUGUUCACCUUCACCAUCUUCAUCGAUACAACAACUACAAAAAAGAGGCGGUUCCUCUGAUAUCACCAAAGACCAGUGCAACAAAACAGUGGAUAUUUUUGAAGAUGUUAGCUCACCUGAGGUGACGAAUCAAAAUGUGGGGCGACCCUUAACCUGCUGGUAUCGUUUUCGCACACUUAAAGGUGCUCCCAGGGAUUUUGUGCUGAGACUUAGAUUUAAAAAGUUCAAAAUUGGCACUCUAAUGAAUGCCACCCAUUGUGAGGGUGGCUAUUUACAGAUUGUGGAUGGUAAUGCCAAAACUGAUGUCUCCAAUCGUCGAGAGCCCGGCAUGUUUUGUGGUGAAGCGGAACAACCUCAAACAUUUAUAAGUGAGACGAGUUAUGUGAAAGUUAUGUUUCACACAGACAACUUUACAGAUCAGACUUAUUUUACUUUCGAUUCGCGUGCCGAACAACAAACAGAAGUUUAUUUACGUUACGGCCAACAUCCCGAAUUAUAUCCCAAUCGACGUGGUGAAGUCGUACAGGGCUCAUAUUGUGAACGUGAAUAUCGCGAUUGUCGCUUGCAAACAUGUUAUGUACAGUCACCUGCGUAUCCGGGUUUAUAUCCAAGAGCCUUAAAUUGCCGUUAUAAAUUACAUACGAGACAGCCAUACAUCAAAUUGUAUCUACAAAAUGAACAAUUUGCGGUCGAUGGACAAAGAUGUGAAAACGUUAUGACCUGCCCUAUACGGCCCAUUGGUUCGGGUAACGAACACUGCCCUUAUGAUUGGCUGGCCGUCUAUGAUGGUCGUGAUGAACAUUCACCGCUAAUUGGUAAAUUCUGUGGCCUGGGAAAGUUUCCCUUUAGUAUAAUAGGUACCUCACAAUAUAUGUAUGUUGAAUUUGUUACAUCACCGGCCGGACCUUUAUUAAAUACCGGCUUUCAUUUUAAUGUUGGCAAUUGGCCAGGACAUGUGGAAACAGCUGGCAUUAAACAUGGCAUUUGUGAUUGGUUACUUAGUUCCGAUUCACUUAAGGACAGCAGUGCUAGUGAGGGUAUAUUUUUGAGUAUAGCCCAUUGGUAUCCACCCAAUACCUCAUGCAGUUAUCAUAUCAAAGGCAGAACUGGUGAAAUAGUGCGUUUAUAUUUUCCCAG